AAAAAUUUGUCUCCAGCAACCCAAAUUGAAAUCCAAAACCCUACUAAAACCUUCGUCAGCUCAACCUCUUCGCUCCUCUGAAUAUUUCCGGUGAAAUUCUCGCCGUCACUUUCGCCGGCGUAAUUGAUAUAGAUAGUGUUGCUGAUUAUGGCGGAUGAGGUGCCACAGCCUCUGAAUUAUAUACCAGAAGUGAUUCUGAAGAAGAGGAAGAACAAUGAAGAAUGGGCAAUCAGAAGAAAACUCCAACUGGAACAGAAAGUCAGAAAGCUCAAAUCUGAUAGUUUUGUCAUCAAGAAGCCCGAGCAGUUUAUUCGAGAGUAUAGAGAUAAGGAGAUGGACCUUGUCCAAAUGAAACAAAGGGGAAAAAGAAGAGCCAAGGGAGCACUGACCACGUCAGAUUCCAAACUUCUAUUUGUGAUACGCAUUGGAGGGAAAAGUGAUAUGCAUCCAAGAACAAGAAAGGCUUUAUACUCUUUGCGGUUGCGAAAAAUCUUCAGUGGGGUCUUUGUAAAGGCAAAUGAAAGAACAGUGGAGAUUCUACAAAAGGUGGAGCCUUUUGUCACAUAUGGCUACCCCAAUCUGAAGAGCGUGAAAGAUCUGAUUUACAAGAAAGGUUCUGGAAAAAUCGACAAUCAGAGGGUGCCUUUGACUAGCAAUGACAUUGUUGAACAGACACUGGGCCAGUAUGGCAUUAUAUGCUUAGAGGACGUUGUGAGAGAGAUUGCUAGUGUUGGUCCACACUUCAAGGAGGUCACUAGCUUUCUAUGCCCCUUUGCUCUCACCAAGCCAGAGAAAGCUUUGCAGGGUAAGAAGAAACGAUACAAUGAUGGUGGCGAUUCAGGAAAUCGUGAGGAUCACAUCAAUGAGUUGAUCUCUAAGAUGAAUUAGCAUAGACACCCGGGUUUCCAGAUCAAAUUUUUGUUGAGUGUUAUAAUAUAGUUUUGGUAUGGGUUAUUGUAAAAGAUGGAGCACUUUAAUCACUAUCCUUCCUCCGCCCAUUCAUGUCACGUAUCUCACAAGCUUAGUAAUUGGUUGCUGCUUAUUUCUGUCUCAAGCCAUUAAAAGUUAUCAUUGUAUCUUCUUUCCGCUACUUAAUCAGAUAUUUUCAUACUGCUGAAGUUAAAACGCCAAAAA